AUGUCAAUAUUAACGGCAAAUCUGAACGUGCCUAAGCGGACAUUUCCGAUUUCGUCAUUUGAAGAACUUGGCCACUUGUACUCCGAUGCCGAAGCCAAUCCAAAAGCAUUUAUAAGCUUGUUUAAAACCAUGAUCGGAGGUGAAGGCAUAAUAGCUGGUCUAAGACGACUUCAUUCGCCAUGGACAGAAACAGGGGGUAAUCACUUGGUGCGAAAUCCGGACUAUACGGUGGAUGCAAAAGAACCUCCCAUCCGAGCUCCCGGAGCUUCUGGCGCGUCACUAAAGAUGUGUGUGGCCUGGCGUUGUCCUGGUGGAAGACAAUUCGGCCUCUGUUGAUCAAAGAUGGCCUCUUCUGCAUGAGUACUGUCUUCAAGCGGUCCAGUUAUUGGCAGUACAGGUCCGAAUUGAGCGUUUGUCCAUAGGCGAGUAGCUCAUAGUGGAUUAUUCCCUGCCAAUCCCACCAAACACACAGAAGAACCUGACCGGCCGUCAAUCCAGGCUUGGCCACCGUCUGGGCCGUUUCACCGCUUUUUGACCAAUACCGUUUGCGCCUUACGUAAUCGUAAGUGACCCACUUUUCAUCGCCAGUCCCCAUACUCUUCAAAAACGGGUCGAUUUUGUUGCGAUUUAGAAGCGAUUCGCAUGCGUCGUAUGGUCAAAGAUGUUUUUUCGCGACUUUUUAGUGACUCCAAGCUUCUUCAAAUGGUUAAUUACGACUUGAUGACUCUUGCCCAGCUCUUGACCGAUGCUACGGCUGCUACUAUGCCGGUCUCUUUCGAUCAAUUCAGUGAUUUUAUCGCAAUUUUCGACGACAGGCCUUCCGGAGCGUGGCGCAUCUUCGACCACCUCUACACCAGAACGAAAACGUUGAAACCAUCGUUGUGCGGUGAAAAUGGAAACUGUAUCGGGUCCAUAAACUUUAUCGUAGUAGUACUGUAAAAUAUGCCGUAUUUUCUCUUUAUUU